AUGCUACUACGGCCCCUCCUCGCCGUGGCUGGCCUCUCUGCCGCCACCCACGCUUUCCUACUCCCUCCUGAGGUCAGCUCACAUGAUGCUGAGGUCGUCGAGACUCUUCCGUUCGAGAGUGCAGCCCUCGCACAAACCCAGUCACUCAGCCUCGACUGCCCCGGAUGCCCUCCCGUGUUCAAGAACCACCACGGAAAGCCCAAGCACCACGAGCAGCACAGCAGCCACCUCGAACUCGACUUCUCCGUCGAUCGAUCCGCCGAGUCCGACCGGCUGAUGCUGAAUGGCUUUGAGCUCUAUCCCAACUCCGACCCCUUUACCAACCUCCUCGUCGCUCCACAAGUUGCCGACAAGCGCAAGCACCACAAAGAUCACAAGAACCACGAGAAACACAUGAAGGGCGACGAGAAGCACGACGGUGACAACUCGAGGGUACUGCCUAGCCACCACAAGUUCCGACCAGGACACCAGGGAAGACCAAAGAUCGUUGAGCAGCCACUCGGUUUCAGCCUUCAGAUCCACCCCGUCCAGAAGACGGCCGAUGACAACUUGGACCUUGUCGUCGUUGACCUCCAGAUCAUCGAAGUUGGCUCGGUUUUCGUCGAGGGACUCCCCAACAUUCGCGUCAACAUGAUCAAGUCACCACAAGACGACCUCAUGAUUGCCAAGAUUGAGCAGACCGCGUCCGAGAACGUCUCAUCACCGAAGGGUGACGAAUGCACCACCACCCUUUGCAAGUGGAAGGCUAUUAUCGCCGAUAAGCUCGACAAGAUGAAGAUGCAUGGCUGUGCUGGUAUGAUGGGCGGUAAGGCCGGCAACCACGGCCACCAUGGCAACACCCAGCCUGCCAGCCACCACGACGAGCAGUACGGAAUGUUCAACCGCCCUAAUGGUUGGUCUUUGUUCUUCCGGAAGGUGACCUCGCACAUCAUCCUCCCUGUUCUUGUGGGCAUCGUCGCUGGAGUCACGGUAGCCGUCGUGAGCAUGCUGGUCGGAACUGUCCUCGUCGGUCUCUUCCGAAAGUUUGUUCGCGGGCAGUCUUUCUUCCCUCAGCACCGCUGCCGUCUCCACCCAGGCGGACGCCAUCACAAGGCUGCCCAGAAGGAGGCUGCUGUCGACGAGGAAAAGUCGGGCUUGAUGGAGAACCAGGAGGGUUUGCCUCCAUCCUAUGACCAGGACCAGGCCGAGGUUACUCAUGUCGAGCGAGCUUAG